AUGCACACAUACCUAAUAAAGCUGCAUCCCCCGAUCCAACGCGCGCUUACCACCGUUCUCUUACGACGGCAACUCCUGUCCCCGCAACCGAUAACCGAUUACGUCUACAUAGCUACAACAUCGUAUCGCAUCCGAGAUCGCGGCAUGGCACAUCUUCCCCGGUUCCACCGGCGCAAAAAGGAUGGCGCCGCACCAACAGUGAUGACUAACGAUCUCCCUGGCAAGACGACGCCUCCGCCAGGCGAUCUACCGCCUGGAUCACCGAAGCGCUCAUUUCAGAAGCUCAGUCCUUUUCGGGUGUUCCAGCGUUCGUCGGCCAAGCGAGCGCGGGACUCGCCGCCGGCCUCGCUUCCGCACUCCCCGGCCGAGGCGCCACUACCCGCCGGGGAUUAUGCCGAUGGGCGCCCGGUCUCGCCCAUGUCGUUGAAGACGAAUCCCGCUAGCGACGCAGGGGCAGAAGCCGAUCAACUCGCCAAAAAUGCCGGCAUGUCCCUAGACCUGAGCCGGCGAAGGUGGGCUCUUUCCGACACCAUCCCCAUGUGCUAUCACUCGGCUAACACCAUGCUACCCAGAAAUCGAAAACAAAUUCUCCGAACUCGUCUGGCGUACCUCAACAUCCAGCCAUGGCAGAACAAUCGGGUCAAGUUGCAGGUUCCCGAGGGACACUUGGACUACAUCAAUGCAUCGCCCAUCGUCCUAAACCCGUCUCCAUACCUCACGUCCGGCAGCUGCACCAGCGCGGACAGAGAGCCGGGCCGAUACAUCGCCAUGCAGGGGCCGAAGCAGACAUCCACAGACCACACCUGGCGGAUGGUGGUGGAACAGCUCGAGAGCCCCGGUGUAAUCGUUAUGCUGACGGAAACGCAUGAUGGCAUGCUAGAAAAGUGUUUCCCUUACUUCCCGCGCAGCCGAGACGACCCCCCGAUCGAGGUCAACGAGCACGACGAGUUCGGCGACGGUUUCCGGGCGACAGUCCGGUGCGAGGGCAUGGAAGAAACCCCAGCCGGCGAUGCGAUCGAGCUACGGAAACUCGUCAUCCGCGUCUACUCGCAGCCGCAGCAGCAAGACGCCGUGGCCUCAACAGGAACGGAAGUCCCCACCGAGGACGCCGACGCCGACACCAAGAUGGGAUCCCCCUCCGACGCCGCCGCGCCCUCCCCUCCCCCAGAAGACGAAAAGGAUAACGAACCCGGAACCGAAGACCGCUCACCACUCCCACCCCAAGACCCAACAACACCUCCCUACUACGAAAAGAUAGUCUACCACUUCCUGUACAAGAAAUGGCCCGACUUCGGCGUGCCGUCCCUCGCGGAUCUGGACUCCUUCUUCACGUUGAUGCGCCUCUCGCGCGAGCUCAACCACUCCCCCGCUAGCCCGCGCAUCGUCCACUGCAGCGCCGGCGUCGGCCGCUCCGGCACCUUUGUCGCCCUCGAGCACCUCAUGCGCGAACUCGACGCCGGCGUCCUCGAGCACUAUGACGAGCGUGCCGCUGAGGCUGCCGCCGUGCCCCUCGCGCCGUCGUUUGAGGGUGGUGGUGGGGGUGGUGGUGGUGACUCGCCCGGGUCUGGGUCUGGGUCUGGGUCUAGGAGUGGGUCUGGGCCUGGGAGUGCAAGUGGGAGUGGGAGUGCCAGUGGGGAUCGGAGCAGCCAGAGCCGGAGCCGGAGUCGCAGCGGGAGUAGCUCGAAUAGCCCCGUGCUGAGGCUGCAGGGGGAAGGAGAGGACCUCAUUUUUGAAAGCGAGUCAACCAGCUGCGCGAACAGCGCCCUGUGGUUGGAGAAGUAUGCGCCGGAAAUGGAAGAGGGUGAGGGUGCGGAGGAGGGUGGUCGGCGUGAGGAUGGAGAGCCGGCCGCGAAGAGGUUGGAGGUUGAUCCCUUUGUGGAUUAA